GCAUUCGAAAGUUUCACAAAGGCUACUUUCGACAAGCUAUGAGAUCAAUUGUAGAUGACAUGGCCGAGAAAAUGAAAUGUGACGUAAAACAUAAUCACAUUCUAUACUUUGUUAGUUUCCUGUUUAUCAGAGAAGUUUUUGAUCUUCGUACAAGCGAAAAUCCUGAUACAAUUCUGAUUGACAUAGAAGAAGCUUAUAUGAAUGAAAUAUGUAGUACAACUCCAGGUUGGAGGAUAUCUCAUGGCUUUGAAAUAAGUUACGAUCAAGAACAUGGAAUGAACAUUUCAUCACUUUGUCGAUAUAUGUCGUCUUGUCAAAUACUUUUAAAAUCCGGGAAGCCUAUUGAGGCUCUAUUAGAAUUUUCUAAAUUUUGUAAUUUGCUUUGUCAACAGGAUAUAAGUCCACUUCCAAACUCUUCCCAUCUCAUGUACUGGCUGGAAUUUUUUAGUUGUCUUGCACUUUUUUCAACAACAGCCUAUAUUGGCAUCUUCAAAUCAAUGGAAUGUCAAAAAUUUGUUCUUCCAAGAUCAUAUCAUGUGAAUGCCGUGUCCAUUUAUAUGACAUGGAACAAUAAAAACACUUUAAUUCCAGAUCUGUGCAAAAAGAAAUAUCUCAAAAAAUAUGGUAGCGAUCUCCUGAAAUCUCCAGAAUGUAUUGUGCAAUUAUUAGAAAGAUUGAAUGACAGACCAGUUUCAUAUUUGAAAUCGGAAGGAAAACAAACACAAAACAAUCCAAAGUAUGCACUUUUACAGAGAUUACUAAAGUUGUGUCUGCUUCUGAUUUGUAACAUAAGAAAUGUGUUUCAUUCUGCAGCGGAUAUCGAAGAGAUGCUGGCUUGCAAAUUAUGCUAUUUGAAUAACAGCAUGAAGUCUUCAUUAAGAAAGAAAACUAAAACCGCUGAAUAUUUUCAAAAUAUUCAGUUCACACGGCCACGGGAUUUCCAAGAGGCUUUGUUGAUUUUUAUUUAUCAAGAAUGUAACGAUGAACUGGAAGAGCACACAUGGAGUUCGGGCAACUUUCAAAUGCCACUUAAUGAUAUAGGAAUAAGUGAACAAAAACGGUUUUUAUCAUCUAAUACAGAGGCAAAGAUAAGAAGUACACAGAGUAGUUUAAGAACAAAAUCCAAAGUGGGUACCUUAAAAACAUUGCCUUGUACAAAAGCUUUAAGAACAGGAAGCCUAGAAAGUGAAAGUUUAAGCAACUUAGAAGGAAACAAACAAGAAACAGUUUUAUAUGAACGGGAUCCUAAAGUUGACAUAAAACAGCAUAAUUCAAACGAAAACCUUAUAGAUAUUGUAGAAAAGAGUGCAAAUACCAUCGUACAUUUUUUUCGUAACGUGUUGCUACACAAAAGAGUGCCUCAAAUUAGUAAAUUGUUGAAAGAAAAACUUUUAAAGAAAAAAAUAAAAGCAAUAGAUUCAUUGCUUGGCUGUUCAAGUUACAAUAGUAAUGAAUGUCUCGCAUGUGGAUGUCCUCUCUAUAGGCAUAAAGAACUUUCAGCAAGAAGAGAUUCUGCGAUUGCUUCUUCGUAUUCAGAUGAGGAACAAACUAAUGGAAAAACAACGAUCGAUACAACCGUCAAUGAAGAAAGCAAAGUUUAUGAUUCAUUUGAGGUAUUUCAGACAUCUUCCGAUCUAGAAAAGCUUGAUAAUCCAUUUGAACUUUUAUUUCGGGGUGAUCGCACAAAAGAGUCAAGACCUCAAGAAAACUUGACAGAACAUACAGAAAGCAUUGAACAUCGUAAAAAGGAAGCCGAAUAUGAAGCUUUUAAACUUAUGUACUGCAACGAAAUAUAUGACACUAUUUAUGAAGUUGAACGGUUUAUAAAAAUUCACCAGAUACAUAACGAAGAAUUUAGCGAUCGUUUUGAAAGCAUAUCAUUCUACACGAACAGUCUAUGCAAAAAUGUUGGACAGCUUAAUGAAUUAGUAAAUCAUAUUGCGGAGGAAAAAGAUUGGUGCAACAGCCUUAUUGCUGAAGUUCUCGAAAGAGUUCGUCAUAAUUAUGAGGUUGUGAAAGAACCUGUAAAAUUGAUAACAGAGAAAGAAAAAAAGAAAGCGGAGGAGCUGCGAAACCAAAGAGGCGUCGAAAACAACAGAGAAAAGGACGAUGGCCAGCCUCAUAAAAAGAAAAAGAAGUUAAAAGUCUUGCAAAAAUUUACUUUCUCAAGGUCUUCAUCUGCAUUUUAAAACCUGUAAUCAUUUUAAAAUUGCAAGUUCAAUAGGUGACAUGUAUUCAAGUUUAAACACAUGUACAUUUUAUUUUUCUGUUCAACAGGGGAAUUCAUUUUAUGUUUUGCAUACAUGUAUAAAGUGUUUCUUAUUUGUGAUAAGGAUUAUGUCUUAUGAAAUUAUAUCACAUGGAGUUUUAUCGAAUUUUACAAUGUAGUGCACAUGAGUAUAGUGUUUAUGGACUUUACCAUCAUCUGCAUAUUUCCCUUCACUUUUAAUAAAAUUAAUUAUUUGUGAUU